AAACAAGCAAAAAAGAUUACGACGUCGUUUCGUUCUGGUUGACGUUGCUAACAAAAUUCUACUUCUCUUCCGCGGAACAUUUCUUGGCAGCGUUUAAUUCUCACAGCAAUCCUCGCGUUAGGAUCAAAAGGAAAGGAUUUGAAAAAUGGAGGAAUUAUUUGUUGCUAUUCUCUCUAUGCUUCUUGUCAUUGGGCUGAUUCCUUUGUAUUUAUGGAAACGCCGUCAGAAUUCUGGAUCACCUGAUGAACAUCAAGAAGAGCAUCAGGUUCGGCAGAGGGAAACUGUGGUGCGAGCCACUGGUGCUCGGCGGAUGCGUAGAAGACCAGCAGCUGGAGCUAGCUCAUCAAGAGCUGCAGAAGCUGCUGUGGAAGACACUGUUGAAAGUGACGAUGAAGCUGAUGUGGGUGAGCAAUAUGAGGAGAAAGCUUCAAGAAAGAAAGAGAAGAAACGGCAAGAGCGGGAAGCACAGAGACAGGCUGAGGAUGCUGCACGUGAAUCAAGGCUGACCAAACAAGACCGCUAUGCAGAAAUGCGGAGGAAGAAGGAUGAAGAGCGUGAGGCUCUGGAGCGGAAGCUGGAAGAAGAAGCCAAGGUUCAAAAGGCCAAAGAGGAGGAAGCUGCUGCAUUAGAGUUUGAGAAAUGGAAAGGGGCGUUUUCAGUUGAUGCAGAAGGAACAACUGAAAAUGAAGUGCAAGAUGGAAAUCAGGAUUUGUUAUCCGAGUUUGUGGAAUACAUAAAGAAACACAAAUGUGUUCCCUUAGAAGAUCUUGCUGCGGAAUUCAAGCUGAGGACUCAGGAAUGCAUUAAUCGGAUAACCUCCCUAGAAAGCAUGGGGAGACUUUCUGGUGUGAUGGACGAUAGAGGAAAGUAUAUAUACAUCUCACAGGAAGAGAUGAAAGCUGUUGCUGACUAUAUUAAGCGCCAGGGGAGGGUUAGCAUCUCACAUCUAGCAAGUAAGUCCAACCAAUUCAUAGAUUUGGAGCCAAAGGCACAAUUUGAUGACGAAAUCAGCAAUGUGGAGGAGAUAACUGCUGCUCAACUCCCAUUCCUCCACCUUUCGCCGCGUUCACUUCCGGACGCGGCAUUGCGACGACCACCAAACCUUUCUUUAACUACAAAUCAAGAAAUGAAGACCAAAGUUGGAAUGGAGGUUCCUUGGCAUUUUAAGAUCAUAAUUUUUCUUGCAUAUGCAUUUUUUUUGUUCGAUAAGAGCUAUGGACAGGACAAUGACGAUUAUGAGAAGCAGGCUGCCCCGCCACCCGCGCUGAACACUUGCAAUGGUGUGUUCUUGUCAUAUUCUUUUACUUCCCGGACAAAAGAGUAUCCACAUGUAAAGAACGUAACCGCUCAGGCGUGGGCGUUUCAGGCCACGGCAAGCAUAGUUAAUACCGGACAAUAUGAAAUCAAGGGAUGGAAAAUGCAUAUAGGAUUUCAACACAAAGAAAUUUUGGUUUCGGCCACCGGAGGGACUGUUCUUGAUUCUGAUUUCCCUGUUGAUGCUAGUAACGGGACUACCUUUACCGGAGAUUCAUCAACGGAUUUAAAAACUUCCAUUAAUACUGCCGGAGAUUUCAACCAGAUUGCAGCGCAGAUAGAGAUUACUGGUACACAGUUUGGAGUGCGACCUACAAGGGUACCAAUGCCAAAGGAUCUUAAGCUUCUUAACGCCGGUUAUAAGUGCCCUAAACCAACUCUGAAAGGAAAAACCUAUAUGCAAGUAUGUUGCAAGAAGGAUCCCAAGUACAAGCCGAAAACUAAUACUACAAAAAAGGCAGUGAAAUUCAUGGCUAGACAAGACGGUGACCUCACCAUAAUUUAUGAUGUUCUUCAAGCUUAUGGCAACAAUUAUCAAGCCCAAGUCACCAUUGACAACAACCACCCAUUAGGUCGUCUUGAUCAUUGGAAUUUGACUUGGGUAUGGAAAAACAACGAGUUCAUCUCCUCAAUGAAAGGAGCCUAUGUCCGCGUACAAGACGCAAGUCAAUGCAUUUAUGGUGCUGCCGGUGAAUAUUAUCAAGAUUUCGACUUCUCCAACGUAUUGACCUGCGAUAAAAGUCCGAUCAUCUCCGACCUUCCUGCAACAAUGAAGAAUGAUUCUAAGCUUGGAAAAUUACCUUACUGUUGUCGUAACGGUACUCUUUUGCCUACUUUAAUGGAUGAAACCAAAGCAAGAAGCAUUUUCCAAAUGCAAGUUUAUAAAUUACCUCCAAACAUGAAUCGAACGGCUCUUGAACCGCCAUCCAAGUGGAAAAUUGUUGGUCUUCUAAAUCCGCAGUACAAAUGUGCCACGCCCAUUAGAGUUGAUCCAACAGAAUUUCCUGUCUCCAGUGGCCUACAAGCUAUAACAACAGCGGUUGCUUCUUGGCAGAUAGUCUGCAAUAUUUCGCGCCCGAAACAGAAACAAUCAAGAUGUUGUGUUUCUUUUUCAGCUUACUAUAAUGAAUCUGCAAUUCCCUGCAACACCUGCGCUUGCGGUUGUGAAGAUAAUACAGGCUGCAGUGAAACGGCAAAGAGUAUGUAUCUACCACCAGAAGCACUAUUAGUUCCUUUUGCUAACAGAACAGCAAAGGCAAUCGCUUGGGCUAAGCUUUAUCAUUUCAAGAUUCCCAAACCUAGACCUUGUCCUGAUAAUUGUCCAGUUAGUAUAAAUUGGCAUUUGAAUUCUGAUUAUUCAACUGGAUGGACGGCUAGAAUUACACUGUUCAACUGGGAUGAAACUCCAUUUGAAGACUGGUUUGCUGCAAUUCAAAUGGGCAAGGCGUAUGCUGGAUAUGAAAAUGUUUAUUCAUUUAAUGGUACUAAACUAGACAAGUUAAACAAGACAAUAUUUCUUCAAGGUUUACCUGGAUUGAAUUAUUUGAUGGGAGAGACUAAUGGCACAAAAGGCAGUCCCAGAGUUCCUGGAAAACAGCAGACUGUGAUUUCUUUUACAAAGAAACAAACUCCAGGCAUCAAUGUAGCUAAAGGUGAUGGAUUUCCGAAAAGGGUUUAUUUCAAUGGAGAAGAAUGUGCAUUGCCUACAAGAAUUCCUAUGAAGAGUGGAGGAUUUAAAUCUAGUGAUGUUAAUUUGAUUACAACAACUAUUUUCACCAUAAUCAUUACUUUGAUGUUGAUGACGACAGAUCGGGUUUAUUGAUCAUUGUUUGGAAAAAAUUUCUGAUUAUUGUAUUUGUAUUUUGUAGGAAAUUAAUUAGCUUAACUUGGUGGCAACUUUUUAUA